AGGAGUCCGAUGACGGGAAACUAAUGACUGGGUUAAUGGACAAUAAGCCAAAGGAAGCUCAGCCCGUAGAUAAUCACGCGAUUGAGUCCUUUGUCAAAAAUAAUUCACGGGAGAAUAUAAGCAAAUCAAAACAGGCCUAUGAUAAAGUAGUCUUUCCAAAGUCAGAUUCACAGCGCUCCUGUUUAUUGAAUUGCAUUAAGCCAAUACUUAUUUUUAAGGCACUUAAACCGAAAGAUCUCGACGAAGUUGUGGAUGUAAUGUUUGAACGUCUUGUUGUGCCUAAUGAGGAAAUUAUUUUGAUAGGAGAUGUAGGUGAUAAUUUUUUGUCGUUGAUUCUGGAACUUACGAUAUCUUCAUUUCUUCACCGGAAGGAUUAA